UUCAACUUCACCAUCACCAUCACCGCCACUAUCACACCAUAUCCCACCACACACACUCUCUUCUCCUUCUUCUCUCUCCCUCUCUCUCUAUCUAGAAACAGAGUUUUAAUUCUCUGUUUCAUUUUUUUUUUUCCAAUUCUGUUUUGCUGGGGUUAAUGAUUCACUACCUCUCUUGAUAUUUUUAUUUGCUUUCGGGAAGAUUCGGUUUCACUGCUGCAUUUUGGAUUUUUCCCGAGAAAGAAAGAAGAAGAUGGAUCGGAAGAGUUGGCCAUGGAAGAAGAAAUCCACUGAGAAAGCAGCUCCUGUGACUGAGGUUGUUGAUCAGGAAAAUGGGAAGAAGCCAAGUUACAUCCAGAUCUCAUUUGAUCAAUACACGAAUCUGAAUGGUUUAAAAGAUGAAGUUAAGAACUACGAGGACAAAGUUACAAAGCUUGAAGAUCAGAUCAAGGAUUUGGAUUUGAAGCUAUCUACAGCUAAUGCAGAUAUUACUGCCAAGGAGGUUUUGGUGAAACAGCACUCCAAAGUUGCUGAAGAAGCUGUCACAGGCUGGGAAAAAGCUGAGGCAGAAGCUUCUGCUUUGAAAACUCAUCUCGAAACUGUUACCCUCGCUAAGCUCACUGUCGAAGAUCGAGCAGCGCAUUUGGAUGGAGCGUUAAAGGAGUGUAUGAGGCAGAUUAGGAGUUUAAAGGAAGAGAAUGAACAGAAGCUGCAUGAUGUUAUUGCUACUAAAACCAACCAAAUGGACAACCUUAGAGCUGAGUUUGAGUCUAGGAUUGGGGAAUACGAACAAGAACUGCUUCGGUCUGGAGCUGAAAAUGACGCCCUUUCGAGAUCAUUGCAAGAGCGUUCAAACAUGCUUAUGAGGAUAAGCGAAGAGAAAUCUCAAGCAGAGUCUGAGAUUGAGCAUCUUAAGAACAAUAUAGAGACUUGUGAAAGGGAGAUAAACACUCUCAAGUAUGAAACUCAUGUGAUUACUAAAGAGUUGGAAAUCAGAAACGAGGAAAAGAAUAUGAGCAUGAGAUCUGCUGAAUCAGCAAACAAGCAGCAUUUGGAAGGUGUCAAGAAAAUUGCAAAGUUGGAAGCUGAGUGUCAAAGAUUACGCACUCUGGUCAGAAAGAAACUCCCGGGUCCUGCAGCACUUGCACAGAUGAAAAUGGAGGUUGAGAGUUUAGGCAGAGACUAUGGAGAUCAUCGUCAAGAUCAUAGACAGAGAAGGUCACCGGUCAGACCAUCUAGUCCUCUCAUGUCUCCAAUGUCACACAUGUCCCAGGUCUCUGAGUUCUCACUAGACAAUAUGCAAAAGUUCCAUAAAGAAAACGAUUUGCUGACAGAGCGGUUACUGGCUAUGGAAGAAGAAACAAAGAUGCUGAAAGAAGCUUUGGCAAAGCGUAACAGCGAGCUUCAAGUGUCUAGGAACCUCUGUGCUAAAACAUCAAACAGGCUUCAAACCUUGGAAGCUCAAAUGUUGAAUAAAAGUCCAACCAAGCGCGGUUUUGAAAUGCCUGCUGAAAUCUUCUCUCGUCUAAAUGCUAGUAAUCCUCCUAGUAUGGCCUCGAUGUCUGAGGACGGAAACGAAGAUGCUAGAAGCAUUACUGGCUCUUUGAUGUCUGAACUCUCUCAAUCCAACAAGGAUAAGAACAAUGGUAAGAUUAAGAAGACCGAGAGUGCUAGCCAGUUGGAGCUUAUGGACGAUUUUCUUGAAAUGGAAAAGCUAGCUUGUCUACCAAAUGGCUCAAACGCAAAUGGUUCAACGGAUCACUCAAGUACUGAUUCUGAUGUUGAGGUUCAACCAGCUACACAACUGAAGAAAAGAAUCUCCAGUGUGCUUCAGUCUCUCCCUAAAGAUGCUGCAUUUGAGAAGAUUUUGGCAGAGAUACAAUGUGCAGUUGAAGAUGCAGGUGUUAAGCUACCUUCUAAAUGUAAUGGACCUAAUGUAAACGGUCUUACAGAAGAAAAGGAGAUAGCCAUGUCAAAUGAGACCCGAGAAGAAAAAGUUAGCGACACAGAGGUAGUAACUCAAGACUUGGCUGAUGCUCUUUCUCAGAUAUUCCAGUUUGUUUCCUAUCUUUCAAAGGAAGCAACUGCCUGUUCUGAGAACAGAACUUUCUCCCAAAAGGUUCAAGAUUUCUCUGUCACAUUCGACAGAGUCUUGGCCAAGGAGAAGACUUUGAACGAUUUCUUGUUCGAUCUUUCACGAGUUUUGGUCGAAGCUAGUGAACUAAAGAUUGAUGUGCUUGGAUAUCACACAUCCCCAGUGGAGAUUCAUAGUCCAGAUUGCAUUGAUAAAGUUGCUCUACCGGAAAACAAAGCACUUCAGAAAGAUUCAUCAGGUGAACAUUACCAGAAUGGUUGUUCUCAGAGCUCUGAUUCCGAGAUCCCAGAUGAUUGCAACGGAACAUCUGGCUAUGAGCACAAGCGUCAGUCUAGUAAAUUUACACCAGAGGAGUUUGAAGGAUUGAGACUUGAGAAAGAAAAAGCAGAGGCCAACCUUGCAAGUUGUGAAGCAGAUCUUGAAGCAACUAAGACCAAACUGCAAGAAACACAGAAACUUCUCGCAGAAGUCAAAACAGAGUUGGACUCUGCUCAAAAGUCUAGUGGCAUGGCCGAGACUCAGCUCAAAUGCAUGGUGGAAUCAUAUAGAUCUCUUGAAACUAGAUCAUCGGAGCUGGAAAUCGAGUUGACUUCUCUUAAAGGCAGAAUUGAAAACUUGGAAGAUGAGCUUCAAGACGAAAAGGAACAUCACCAAGAAGCUUUAGCCAAAUGCCAAGAACUCGAGGAGCAAUUACAAAGGAACAACCAGAAUUGCCCGAAUUGUUCAGUAACCGAAGCUGACCCUAAAAGCAAACAGGACAAUGAACUAGCGGCUGCAGCAGAGAAGCUAGCAGAGUGUCAAGAGACUAUAUUACUUCUGGGGAAGCAACUCAAAUCCAUCUGUCCUCAAACAGAACAGGUCACUUCUUCCCCAAGCAAAGAACAAGCCCUGAACCUAGAAGAAGACGAAUACGCAACCUCGACAAAUCCUCAAGACAACAAACUGAUGAGUUCGCCUUCAGAGAAAGAAACAUCGUCCAUGACUGCAAUGAAAUCUCCGGUAGGGUCGAAACACAGACACACCAAGUCAAACUCAUCAUCGUCCUCAUCAGGGCUUACUCCUGAGAAACACUCUAGAGGAUUCAGCAGGUUCUUCUCCACUAAAGGAAAGUAAAGAAAAUAAAAACAAAAAAGAGUAUAAAUCUAACUAUGUUGUAUCUAAUAUCUAUUGCUAUAAAAUAUUUGGUUUUUUUUUUAUUUUAUCUUACUAUGAGGGAAUGUUUUUUAACUUUAGUUUUUUUUUUUUUUCUGUACUGACAAAACAAUUUGGUGUUGAAUUUUACGGCGUGUACAUGUCAAUCUACCCAUCUCGUUUCUUUA